GCUUCCCGUUGUUCAUUUCCACACGUGAAGGUCAGCAAAAAACAGCCUCCCGGCGUUUAUAAUUAGAGUAAAUAUCGGAACUUCGACGUUUUUUAGAAGAUAUGGACGGCCAAGGAGCUUCAGCGGACCCUCAGCUUCAACAUUUCAUCGAAAUCGAGUCUCAGAAACAGAGAUUUCAGCAGCUGGUGCAUCAGAUGACUGAGGUUUGCUGGGAAAAAUGCAUGGAUAAACCGGGACCCAAGCUGGAUUCCAGGACUGAAGUCUGUUUCGUUAACUGCGUGGAGCGAUUUAUAGACACCAGCCAGUUCAUCCUGAACAGACUGGAACAGACUCAGAAGAGCAGGGGAGGAUUCUCCGAGACGAUGGACUAAAAACUGUAACUGGAAAUUUGAUAUAAAAAAAAGUGGAAAAAACAAAAAAAAACACGGUCUGCACCUACUGGGAACGCUGUUUGGUCCCGGUACAGCUGUCUGUACAGUAAGGUGAAGAAGAUUCCAGUCAGCUGGGAAACAGAAUCACAACAAGUGUUACCUUGGAAACAAGUGCCUGACAUCUAAACCAUGUACAGACUUGGGUAAAAGUUUAGGGUUGUGUUUUGUGACAACAGGAAGAUGAGUGUUGCAAAAUACUGAGGUGGUGGCUUGUUGCUGACUGUCAGCUUUUUGAAUUCAUGUAAGUGGAAAGUUCAGACUGUGAAGUUUGAUUAUGAGGAGAUGUUUUUCAGAUACAUGGACCAAAAAUCAAUGUCAGUAAAAUCACCCUGCAACCUCUUGACUGGAGAUCAGUACUUAACAGACUGGACUGUAAAUAUGCAAUAAACAAAAUGCCAAAUAAG